AAUGGAUACGUGUCCCAACUUUUGCCGGGUCUCUUAAGUUAUAUCUUCACAGAGUUCGAUACAGAUGGUAUGGCUAUGGUUGCACCAUGACGAGAACUAGAAAACAAUAAUGGGGUUGUUUUCGUUUCUCUUUAUAUUUGUUGGCUGGAGAAUUAUUCUCUGUGGAUCAACUUCAGUCGUAGUUGAAAACAUUAGGCCGUUGCAACUUCUGAGAGAUGGCACAACCAUGGUUUCCAGUGAAGGAACCUUUGAAAUGGGAUUCUUCAGUCCAGGCAGUUCAAGCAAUCGUUAUCUGGGAAUUUGGUAUCGAAACAUCCCAGUUCCAACUGUGGUUUGGGUCGCAAACAGGUGUAAACCGAUGAACAAGUCGUCUGGUUCGUUGACUCUAAACAACGUUGGAAAUCUUGUGCUUUUGGGAGAAAACAACAGCGUCGUUUGGUCUACGAACUCGUCAAAACAAGCUGGGAAACCAAUUGUUGAGCUCUUGGAUAAUGGUAACUUGGUUUUGAGAGACGAAAAAGAUGAGAAUAAUAAAGAGAACUAUCUGUGGCAAAGCUUUGAUUACCCUUGUGAUACGUUAUUGUCUGGAAUGAAAUUUGGGUGGGACUUGAAGAGAGGUCAUACUUGGCAAUUGUCAUCGUGGAAGAGUUCGGAUGAUCCCUGUAACGCAGAUUUCACUUAUGGGAUGGAGUAUGAUAAACGACGCCAUACGUACCCAGAAUCAAUAAUCCGAAAAGGGUCUGAAAAGUUUUAUCGAACUGGGCCAUGGAAUGGCCUACGUUAUAGUGGUUAUCCUGAGUUAAGACCGAACGCGCUUUUCGAUUACAGGUUCGUUUACAGUGAUGAUGAAGUUUACUACUCUUACACACUCAAGAAUAAGUCAAGGAUCUCAAGAAUAGUGAUCAACCAAACGACGAGUGUUCGUCAACGUUGGAUAUGGAUGGAAGCAGAGAAAUAUUGGAAGGAAUACUAUAAAGUGCCUAGAGACCAGUGUGACUACUAUGGCCAAUGCGGGGCGAACGCAGAGUGUAUAAUAUCUGGGAAUCCAAUAUGCCAGUGUUUAAAGGGUUUUAAGCCUAAGUCUCCACAGGAUUGGAGUUCAAUGGACUGGUCUAAAGGGUGUGAGAGGAUUAGUCCAUUGAUGUGCCAGGAGAAAGAGAAAGAUGGGUUUAUGCUAUUUUCGGGUUGGAAAUUGCCUGAUGCUCAGAAUACAUGGGUGAACAAGAGUAUGAAUCUAAGGGAGUGCAGGGCUAAGUGCCUGAGCAACUGUUCCUGUACGGCUUAUACAAACUCAGAUAUCAGAGGAGAAGGCAGUGGCUGCGUCGUCUGGUUUGGAGAUCUUUAUGAUAUUCGACAAUUUCCUUCUGGCGGACAAGAUCUAUUUGUUCGAAUUUCGGCUGCAGAAAUAGUUUAUCAAGAAAAAGCAAGAGCUGAACGAAAGGCGAAGAGAGCUGUGAUAAUUAUGGCUGUUCUCAUUGGAUUAGCUUGUGGGAUGAUCUUAAUUGGCCUUUACAUUCGCAAGUGGAGAAACUUUUAUGAGAUAAAUGCUAUUAUAAGUGGAAAAAAUUGCCAAGAAGAAGAAGACUUGGAGCUCCCAUUGUUCGACCUACAUAAAAUUAGUACUGCUACUAAUAAUUUUUCACAGGAGAAUAAGCUUGGACAAGGUGGUUUUGGACCUGUAUACAGAGGUGUGCUGGAGGGAGGGCAAGAAAUUGCUGUGAAAAGGCUAUCAAUGUGGUCUGGACAAGGAGACAAUGAGUUCAAAAAUGAAGUUAAACUAAUUGCCAAGGUUCAACAUCGAAAUCUAGUAAAAAUAGUUGGUUGUUGCAUUUAUGAAGAAGAGAAAUUAUUGAUUUAUGAGUAUAUGCCCAACAAAAGCCUUGACUAUUUCAUUUUUGAUCAAAGUCAAGGUAGACUAUUAACAUGGCCCAAGAGAUUUCAAAUUGUAUGUGGAAUUGCUAAGGGUCUUUCGUAUCUCCAUCAUGAUUCUAGAUUGAGAAUUAUACAUCGAGAUCUCAAAGCUAGUAACGUGUUACUUGAUGAAGCGAUGAAUCCAAAAAUUUCAGACUUUGGCUUGGCUAGAAGUUUUGGGGGAGACCAAUUAGAAGGAAAUACAAACAAAGUAGUAGGAACUUAUGGUUACAUGGCGCCAGAAUAUGCUUUUGGUGGCUUAUUUUCAAUCAAAUCUGACGUAUUUAGCUUUGGCAUAUUGAUGUUGGAGAUCAUAAGUGGAAAGAAAAGUAUAGGCUUUUGCUAUGAAAAUAGUGGCGCUACCCUCAUUGGAUAUGCAUGGACUUUGAUGAAGGAAAACAAUGCUGUUGAAUUUAUUGACAAGUGCUUAAUAGAUUCAUACCAUAGCAUGAAAGAAGUAUUGCGUUGUAUCCACAUCGGUCUUUUAUGUGUGCAACAAAACCCUGUUGAUAGGCCAAAUAUGUCAUCUGUUGUUACGAUGUUGAGUGGUGAAGGUGUUCUGCCUCAGCCCAAGCCACCAGGCUACUUCACCCAAACUGAUUUGUGGGAAAAUCAUUCCCCUUCUAGUAAGCUUUUAUCGUCCUGCACAUUUGAUACAAACAUAACAGAUGUUGAGGCGCGAUAAGAUCUCAAAUAACAUGCAGGAGAUUGUCAAACUUUUCACACCUAUUAAUUAUUACAAUUUGUAUUUAUUUUAUGUUCAAAAUUGUAAUGGUGGUUGGUAUAAUUAUUCUAUUAUAGUAUAUAACUCUAUAUCCAAAAUUCAGACCUAGAUGAAUUAUUCUUCUUGUAUUACUAGAAUGGACUGAUGAAAAGACAAUAAAAGUGAUUGUUGUGUUAGAAAAA